AUGGCUACACCACGAUCGACAGUAAUACUAGGAGCAGGCAUCAUCGGUGUAUCAACCGCCUACUAUCUCUCUCAAUCCCUCCCAGGCACCUCCAUUCACCUCGUCGACCCAUCCCCCGAACUCUUCGCUUCUGCCUCGGGCAAAGCAGGUGGGUUUCUCGCUGCAGACUGGUUCGGCCCUGCAUCUGCACCACUUGGUCUAUUGUCUUUCAAACUCCACAAGCGACUAGCUGAUGAACACGAUGGUGUGCGGAAAUGGGGGUAUGCGAGGAGCACCGGUGCUUCGUUCGCUGAGAGUGAGUAUGUUGGUGGUGACGAAGACGAGAGGCAGGGUGAGUGGUUAGAAGGUGGCAGGAGUAGAGCUGAAGUUGCGGGUACCCAUGAGUUUUGUGAGGGUCAAGGGCCGGCGUGGUUGAUGCGGAGGAAGGGGGAUGGGUAUGAUGUUAUAUCUGCUGACGAAACUGUUGCUCAGGUAGAUCCUCUGAGGCUAUCGAUGUUUCUGUUGGAUGAGUGUAGGAAGAGAGAUGUACAGAUUCAUCAACCGGCAACACCGAUAUCUCUGAUCACAGAUAGCAGUAACACGAUCACAGCCCUCGCCAUCAGGCUAAACGAUAACUCAGAAAGGCAGGUCCCCUGUACAUCCCUCCUCUUCGCCAGCGGCGCCUGGACCCCGAGAGUCUUCUCAACACUCUUCCCCUCCUCACGCCUCAACAUUCCCAUCUCCCCGUUCGCAGGCCACAGCAUCGUAAUCUCCUCUUCCCACUGGACAACCUCUCAUGAAUCAUCCGGUUGCCAUGCAAUCUUCAGUACCUCUUCUUCAGGCUACAGCCCCGAACUCAUCAGCCGUGUAGGCGGAGAAAUCUACAUUGCCGGAUUGAACGACGCGGAUAUCCCUCUACCAAAUCUAGCCACAGAAACUAUAAUCGAGGAAGAAGCUAUUGCAGAGUUGAAGAAGACGGCACAGAGGAUGUGCGGGGUUAAUGGUAAAGAAAUCGAGGUGAUGAGGGAAGGGUUGUGUUUCAGGCCUGUGACGUCUAGUGGAGAGCCGAUUUUGUGUAGGGUUGAGGAGAAGAAGUUGGGAGAGAUGAAGAGUCGAGAUGGUGUGUUUGUGGCUGCGGGACAUGGUCCUUGGGGUAUUUCGCUGUCAUUGGGUACAGGGCUUGUCAUGAGUGAGUUGAUCAGGGGUGUCAAGACUAGCUGUGAGGUUGGGAGGUUGGGCAUGCAGUGA